CUCCGGUUACUGCACACAUUUCACGAUGUUUCGAAUUUCCACACACCACAAAACAAUUGACGAGUGACUAACUAGUUAAUUUGAGUCAUGUGACCGUGAAACAAGUGUCCAAGCGGCAUUAACUUAUUUAGACUGUGCAAUAAACUGUUAUACGCACUCAUAAAUAAAUAAAAUAAUUCCUUAAAUAAUCAAUAUUUUGGUGCGACUAAGGUUCAUCAUAAACACUUGUUAUUACACGCUUUAAGUUUUAUGAAUUAGUUACGGUAUUUUUAUUGAAUUUAAAAGGUUUAUUGUUACAGUAUUAAGUGAUUGUUACGAUAAUAUUACAUGUGUAGAGAAGUGCGAUUUAUUUACGUAACUAGUGGUCUUGUAAUGUGAUACAACCUUACAACACUCGUAUCGGGGGCACAGAAAACUGUUUACAAGCGGUUUGCUUGAACCAAAAUGGCGUCGCCUGCCAUCUUGUCAACGUGAGCAGCUAGCGCCAUCUAGAAAUGUACGAUGCCGCGGAUCAAAUAUGCGACCAUCCUUCGUGUGCUGGUCAUCCUGGGGCUGUUCUGUGUGUGGCUACAGAUCAUGGUAUCCAGCGGGCUGGAGAGGGACGGAGGAUCCACUUUGGGAGUAGACGUAGAUAGUGAAACGCUAGUAACACCUGCAAGAGAAGAGCUGAUGAACGGGAACGACACGUCGGAGCAGGUUCUGGCGCUAGUGCCCCAAGAGCUUCAUAAAUAUCUGACCGUCCAUCCUAGGAACAAUACUGCAAACUCCACAGACCUACCCAAGAACAUAACAGAGAUCCGUCGUGCCAUCAAACGAUACAACGACGCACAAACCAUCUACAAUGAGGACAUCUACGGCCCCGUGCUCAACGAUACCGUCAUUAUAGCCAUACAGGUCCACACGCGUCUGACAUAUCUACGACACCUCAUCGUGUCUCUCGCGCAGGCACGUGACAUCGAGCGCACACUGCUCGUAUUCUCGCACGAUUAUUAUGAUGAGGAGAUCAAUAAUCUGGUGCGGACCAUCGACUUUACUAAAGUGAUGCAGAUUUUCUACCCCUACUCUAUUCAGACGCAUCCAAACGAGUUUCCAGGAGUGGAUCCCAACGAUUGUCCAAGAGACGCCAAGUUCGAGCAAGCAAUAAAGCUAAAAUGUAACAACGCGCUGCACCCAGAUCUCCACGGGCACUACAGGGAAGCCAAGUACACUCAGACCAAACACCACUGGUGGUGGAAAGCCAACAGGAUCUUUAACCAACUGCAGUGCACAGCUUCCCACACAGGCAUGGUGGUGUUCCUCGAAGAAGACCACUACGUGGCCGAGGAUUUCCUCCACGUGCUCAACCUCAUGAGGACCACGGCAGACAAGACGUGCCCUCAGUGCGAGCUGCUGUCGCUAGGAACUUAUCUCAAGACCUACCAGUACCACGCUACGGCAGACAAGCGAAAGAAGCAGCUGACUCUGUCGUACAUCCAGCAAGUGCGUGCAGCCAACGAGGAGCGACGCAGACGGAAGAUGGACUCGACGAGUUGGAACUAUCAAGUGUACCCGAAUUUAUACGGGUACACGCAAAAGGUGGAGAUCACACCGUGGCACUCCAGCAUCCACAACAUGGGCAUGGUCUUCAACAGGACCGUGUGGAACUCCAUCAUGUCUCUGCAGGAUCAGUUCUGCGAAUACGAUGAUUACAAUUGGGACUACUCGUUGCUGCAUCUCUCUCAGAACAGAAAGGGACGGGAGAAGUUCAAGGUCAUGAUGUGUAAGGGGCCGAGGGUGUUCCAUAUUGGAGAAUGCGGCCUCCACCACAAGAAAUCCAACUGCAACGCGAAUCUAGUCAUCAGCAAGGUCCAAAAGCUCCUUCAAACCACGAAGCAUCUCCUGUAUCCUAAGAGGUUGACGGCAUCCAUCAACCCUGGCGGCGCCAAGCACAACAAGAAGUUGGUGAAAGGCAAUGGCGGGUGGGGGGAUCGAAGAGAUCAAGAGAUGUGCACAAACAUGACCAAGAUAGACCGGCAAUUGAAGAAAUACGUGUAUUUUGCAUAAAUGCAGUUAAAAACAAAAAAAAAAUUGGUCAGAGGAAAAACAUGCUAUUAUUUUCUAACGCUACGCCAUAGAGAUAUAAAUAAAGUUAGAGCGCUCACUUCAUACGUAGGUAAAAAUCUAUUUAUAUUAAUUAUUAAGAGAGCUCUGCGAAAACUUAUUUGUAAUACGAUUUAAGACUGGAAACCUCAAAUCACCUUAACUGGAAACCUCAUAUCCUCAAACUUUCAAAGCAACUUUCCUCUUUUAUAUACACACUCCAGCAUCUCAAACGCGGCACCGGCUUCAAUACGGCUCUCACGGCGUACUACGCUUUUGCCUAUUCAAGAAUGUCUUAUGGUCUAGUCUUGUGGGGACAAAGUACCGAAGUCGAUAAAAUCUUUAUUCUUCAAAAGAAAUGCAUAACAAUUCUUGCCAAUAUUAAUCUUAUGGAAAUGGAAUCCUGCCAGCCAUUCUUUAUUAAAUUUAAAAUACUGACCUUAACUUCCAUGUAUAUCUUUGAAUGCAGUAAAUUUGCAAGAAAAUAUUUGAACUUUAUACCCCAAUAACUCACUAAAAACUCAGGAAAAGACUACAUUCACUAAACUAUUAAAAAUAUUAAAAUUAAAGCGAAACCUAUAAACCUAGAAUAUGUUAUGCUGAAGCGAUCGACAUCAAAAUCAAAGUGAUUUAAGAUUUAGUUAGUGGAAAUCGUUAUCUCCCUAAAUGAAAAUUUCAUAUAAAAAGUAUCGUUAUUUCGUUAGGAUCGCAAAGCUAUACUCUCUUAAACUUAAGAAGUUUAAGCUAUUUUUAAACUUAUUAUUAAUAUUUUUCACUGUAUCUCCCAUACAACUUAUCUCAAGGAAACGAAUCUAUGGAGUGAGCACUCCAAGCUUACUUAUUUCUCUAUGGCUACGCCAAGAAGAGAUGGUAUUCUCAUGUUAGCACAAAGAAUGUGAAUAAUAUUAAGUUUUUGCUAUUGCUAGAGACAGACGUGCAACCAGACUAUACAUAGUGGGCCGAAGUAACCCGACAAAUGUUAACUUUGCACGCGACGCCUAUUACUUAUACAUUUACAUACACUGGUCUGUCGGGGGCAAUUUUGGUUUGAAGUUAAAUAGUGCGAGAAAUAAAACUAAACUAAUAAAUUUACUGCCAUCUUUAGACAUGAUUAAAACUUUUAGAACGCCAUUUAACUUUGAUCCUUAUUCUUUCACAGAUAUGUGUUAAAUUUGUUAAAUAUCGAAAAGUGGCGCCAUUUUACCGGACAUAGGCUAAAGGUUGUGGCGCCAUCGCUCAAAACGAUGCCUGUGUGACGAUACCUUUGGCCUUUGAUCUGUUAGAUGGCGCUACUUUUCGAUAUUUAACAAAUUUAACACAUGUCAGUGAAAGUUGCUGGCGUACAUAGGCUACGGAGACUGCUUACCAUCAGGCGGACCGUAUGCUUGUUUGCCACCGACGUAGUAUAAAAAAAAAAAGUAUAAGGAUCAAAGUCAAAUGGCGUUCUAAAAGUUUUAAUCAUGUGUCGAAAGAUGGCAAUAAAUUUACUGUGUCUACAAAGUUUUCUUUGACAAUCCACCUCUAUUUCAAAUUCUCUUUCGUUUAUAAGUCGAUAUCGAUGAAAUAUUUACAUUUCAUAAUACCAUUACCAUAAUACCAUGACGACGGGCUGGCCUAGUGGGUAGUGACCCUGCCUAUGAAGCUGAUGGUCCCGGGUUCAAAUCCUGGUAAGAGCAUAUAUUUGUGUGAUGAACACGGAUAUUUGUUUCUGAGUCAUGGGUGUUUUCUAUGUAUUUAUAAUUAUAUAUUAUAUAUAUCGUUGUCUAGGUACCUACAACACAAGCCUUAUUGAGCUUACUGUGGGACUUAGUCAAUUUGUGUAAUAAUGUCCUAUAAUA